AUGAGAUUAUACGCGGACCUGGUGUGGCUCAAGUGGUGUUUUAGUGUCCCUAAGUUUCAUAUAUGGGCCCUAACAUGGCUUAAGAUGCAAAUGAGUGCAAUCAUUAUUCUGUACCCAAUAUUAAGGAUAUGGUUGUGGACUAAAAAUCACCAAUUAGUCAAUUCAUAUGUCCAGAAUCUGAUGCUGUCAGUGAUUGCUUGGCAUAUCACCAAUAUGUCGACUACACGAGAAGCGCCGACAUUAUCUCAAUUCUUAUAUUUUCUAUACGCCCCGACAUUACUCUAUAGGGAUAACUACCCGAGGACCAAUAAAGUCAAUUGGAAACUGGUCAUCUGGUAUUUCCUUCAGGUGCUGGCAGUCAUGUUUUGCAUGUUUGCGAUCACCUGGCGAUUCGUUGAGCACAACUUCAAGUGGACAGGUAUUAAGGCGUUUGAAAUCAGGCAAUUGGUGUACUUACUGUUGAAUUCCUCACUGGUUGGCAUACAAUUGAAACUAUUGAUGUUUUACGGACUAUUGCACUGUUGGCUGAACGGGUUCGCCGAGAUGAUGAGGUUUGGGUACCGGGAGUUUUACAGUGAUUGGUGGAACUGCUCAGAUUAUGUGGUCUUUUACCGCAAGUGGAAUAUCAUUGUCCACGACUGGCUCAGGGCAUAUAUUUUUGACACAUGUAUAUCGUCCUAUACACUGGGGUUAAGAGGAAAUAAAGACAUAUCGGCGCUCUGGGUGUUCCUAAUAUCGGCGGUAAUUCACGAAUAUAUUCUUGCGGUGGCCUUUGGUUUCUUCCUACCGGUGCUGUUUCUAUCAUUCUUCAUAAUGGGAGUGUUGCUAUUUUUCGUCGGCAAAUUCAAGUCCAAGGGCUCGUUAAACAAGAAUCACAUGAAUACUACCACUCAUAAUAAUAAUCAACAGUUAACAUCACAAAACACAUCACUUUCGUUGGGAAAUAUGCUAAUGUUUGUGAGCCUGUGUCUGGGUUGGGGUCUAAUGGUGAUGCUGUAUAGCUUGGAAUGGUACUCGAGAAUCAAUUGCCCGGCAAAUGAUGUAAGCAUAUGCUGCGGGAAAAUCUCUAUGGAGUCAUGUAUUGCCACGAUUCUGGAGCUGUAUAACCAUUAAAUGAUUGCCAACCGAAUGGUUAAUGAAUUUUAUAAUUACUAUUAAUAGGAAGUUGAGUACAAAAAUAUAUAUCAAAUUAUUAAUUAAUGACUUCUUGUAUAUUUCUGUCAUUAAUGUGUGAAAUAAAAAAGUUAAUAAUUUUCUAACUAAGCAUUGCGCUGACAGUGACUAUGGGGGCAGGUAUUUGACUAACUUAUAACAAAUAAAAGUGGUUGUCCUUCGAGUAGCAUUUUUCCCGUG